UUAUCCACAACAUCGUCAGCCUUCUGAAGCUCGACAAAAGUACAGUCCCUAUGAUGAAGUAGUUAGGCUUCUUCAUCGAUCUCCCUACAUGAGCCCCUCACCAGUCUAUGCGUCUGCUCACCAGCCAUCUCCACGUUACAGUAGUUUUGAAGAAUUAAAAAACAUCAUACGAGCAGAGAGAGCCCAAGAGCAGCAGCAGCAACAGCAGCAGCUGCAAGAACAACAACAACAACAACAAAUGCCUGUCAGAUCUCAGAUAGUGGGAAGUGAUUCUGACUAUUACAUCUCUGAGGACUCAGAAUUUCCAAAUGACGAAUAUCGUAUCAGUAGCUAUGAGAGUAGCGGUAACGCUCAGAACAUAAUGCCACCUAUGAUCUACGGAGUACCAAAUGAAGCAAUGUAUUCAGACUCUCUGCCACCUAAGAUGUACAGAGCUGAAGAUCAGUUUUUAGUGGGUUCUCAGACCAAUGAUCAUAUGUAUAAUGAUCGUUCACAGGAGUAUAUCGAUGAAGAGUAAUCUUGUGGCGUACGACAUUUUGCAUCCCAAGAAGAGAUUUCCCGUAGUAUUAAAUUUCUAAUUAUCAAUGUAAUACAAGAAAAAACUUUUCCAGUAUCAGAACUGUUUCUAAUUUCUAUGGAAAUGUUUAAAAACAUGCUGAAGUAAAUACAUAUAUGUCCUUCCAAGUAUGAUGUAAUUAAUUUAUACACAUUAUACUAAAAUGACAAUAAACUUAUUAUGUAAGCAGAUGGCAAUUUUGUGACAGUAGAUAAUCAUGUAACUGGUUAAAGGUAGAUUUGUUGGACAGUCUGCUACCACUAUGAAAACAAAGUACUCUAUAUUUUCAUUUCAUAUUAAUAUCAGUCACUCAAAUACAGUGAUUAUACCACUAUAACCUAAUGCGAAAGACAUUCAAACCAUAUUAUUUAAUUAUAUGUAAGUUACCAACACAAAAAUGUU